AUGAGCUAUAGGGUUGGUAUUAAUGGUUUUGGAAGAAUUGGUAAAAUUGUUUUUAAAAUUUUACGAGAAAGAGGAAUUGAAGUACCAUUAGUAAAUGAUCCUUUCUUAGAUACUUCAUAUAUGUACUAUCUUUUAAAAUAUGAUACAGUAUAUGGAACUGAUUGUAAGGUUGAAAUGAAAAAUAAUAAAUUAAUAUAUUACGGUAAAGAGACCGAAUUAUCAACUGCAAAAUGUCCAUCUGAAAUCCAAUGGAAAAAAUAUAAUGUUGAUUAUGUUAUUGAAUGUACAGGAGUUUUUAAAACAAUAAAGGAUUGUGAACUUCACAAGGAAGUAAAAAGUGUGAUUAUAUCAGCACCAAGUGAUGAUGCACCAAUGUUUGUUUAUGGCGUAAACCAUGAAAAAUAUAACGGAGAAAAGAUUAUUAGCAAUGCUAGCUGUACAACGAACUGUUUAGCACCCUUAGCAAAUAUUAUUAAUAAUCACUUUGGUAUUGAAGAAGGAUUGAUGACUACUGUUCAUUCUGCAACUGCCACACAAAAGAUAGUCGAUGGCAUAACAAAAAAGUAUAAGAGAGAUGGGCGUAGUGGAAUGCAAAAUAUUAUUCCAGCUUCUACUGGUGCAGCAAAAUCAGUAGGAAAAGUUAUUCCAGAAUUGAACCAGAAAUUAAAUGGCAUGGCUAUGCGUGUUCCUAUAUUGGACGUGAGUGUAGUCGAUUUGACAGUCAGGUUAAGGGAAUCAACCAGUCUUGAAAAUAUUAAAUCGGUUUUAUGCGAAGAAAGUAAAAAAAUGCCGAAUAUUAUUGGAGUAACAGAGGAUGAUGUAGUAAGCUCUGAUUUUAUUAAAGAUCCAAGAAGUUGUAUUUUUGACUUUAAAGCGAGCAUGGAAAUGGGAGAUAAAUUUUUUAAAUUAAUAGCUUGGUAUGAUAAUGAAUACGGUUAUGCUUCCAGGAUUGCUGAUCUUGUUGAUUAUGUUUCUAAAAAAUAA